GUGACUGAUACUGAAUCCCAUAACCUUGCGUCAUCUCAUGUUCAUCGAUAUUCAUCACCAAGAAGUCUCUAGAAGUCAGUAAAAAUCUCCGCAAUUAUCGGUUUGAUGUUUAAAAUCCCAGAGUCAGAAUGAAAUUACUACUCAGUACAAUUAAUGGGAAAUUGCUCCCUGUAUUCAGUCAUCGAGUUUCGGUGACUCGAGUCUUCUCCAGAACAAGUGGAAUCAUCAAUCGACCGGGAUUACCGGUCAGAAGAACAAUUGGAUUUCUGAACCUUCAAGAAACCAGAAGAAACUGGAGACAUGUCACUGCCAUCGGGGUUCGACAAUUUUCCUCCAAAAAAUCGGAUGAUCCUCCAUCAGAGAAUGGAGGUCCAGAGGCUGAAACACCUGAGGCUUAUCCAGCCACAUUACCAGCCACUGUUGUUGUCCCUGAAGUGUGGCCCCACGUGCCACUCAUCGCCAUCAGUCGAAACCCCGUCUUCCCUCGGUUUAUCAAGCUCAUAGAACUGACAAAUCCCGUUCUUAUUGAUUUAAUCAGGAGGAAAGUCAAAUUGAAUCAACCCUACGUGGGAAUAUUCCUUAAAAAAAAUGAGGAGAAUGAAGCGGAAGUAGUACAGAACCUGGACGACGUCUACUCAGUGGGAACAUUCGCCCAGAUCCACGAGGUCCAGGAUCUCGGUGACAGAUUGAGACUCGUGAUCAUGGCACACAGAAGAAUAAAAAUCGUGAAUCAAAUACUAGAGGACUUCGAGGUUAAAUCCUCUCAUGAGAUGACACUGACGUUUCCACUACUAAAUACUACAAUUAACGUCCCCCUAGACGAGGCCAGCACUCCAGGGAAGAAAACCCGUCCUUACAGGCGAAAGAGAGUGGACGAGAAGACGAAUGGGACACUGGAAACGAGUGAGAAAGAGGAGGAGACGAUUUCCGAGGGUAAAAGUGAAGAGAAACCUCAGGAGAGUGCCAGUGAAGCUGCUGCUGCUGCAGAGGGUGUAAACGUGGAAGGAAAUGCUGGGCAACCAGUGCUGAUGGUUGAAGUUCUCAAUGUGACUCACGAGAAAUUUCGACAGACUGAGGAGAUCAAGGCAUUGACACAGGAAUUGAUCAAGACGAUCCGAGACAUCAUCAGCAUGAACCCCUUGUACAGAGAAUCUCUCCAACAAAUGCUGCAUCAAGGACAACGAGUUGUGGAUAAUCCAGUGUAUUUGAGUGACUUGGGUGCUGCUCUCACGGGGGCUGAUGCUCAGGAGCUGCAGCAAGUGCUGGAAGAAAUGGAUAUCCACAAACGUCUGAGGUUGUCACUAGCUCUUUUGAAAAAGGAAUAUGAACUGAGUAAACUCCAACAGAAGAUCGGCCGAGAAGUGGAGGAGAAGGUGAAGCAGCAGCACAGGAAGUACAUUCUCCACGAGCAGCUGAAGGUGAUAAAAAAAGAGUUGGGACUUGAGAAGGAUGACAAGGAUGCCAUCGAGGAGAAGUACAGAGAGCGGAUUAGACAGAAAACAGUUCCCAAGCACGUGAUGGACGUUCUUGAUGAGGAGCUCAAUAAAUUGAGUUUCCUGGAGAGUCACAGCAGUGAAUUCAACGUGACGAGAAAUUAUCUGGACUGGUUGACGUCCCUCCCCUGGGGUGUCACGAGUCCCGAAAACCUGAGCCUCCAGGAGGCUGUCAAGAUUCUGGAUGAGGACCACUAUGGCAUGGAGGACAUAAAAAAACGAAUCCUAGAGUUCAUCGCAGUGUCUCAACUGAAAGGAACGACCCAGGGAAAAAUCCUAUGUUUCCAUGGUCCACCAGGUGUAGGCAAGACUUCAAUUGCACGUUCCAUAGCUCGAGCCUUGAACAGAGAGUAUUUUCGCUUCAGUGUCGGUGGAAUGACAGACGUUGCCGAAAUUAAGGGCCACAGGAGAACAUACGUUGGGGCAAUGCCUGGUAAAAUAAUCCAGUGCCUGAAAAAAACAAAAACUGAGAAUCCUCUGGUGCUCAUCGAUGAAGUCGACAAAAUUGGAAAAGGACACCAGGGAGAUCCAGCCUCUGCCCUCCUGGAGAUGCUGGAUCCAGAGCAAAAUGCCAAUUUUCUGGAUCACUACCUGGAUGUACCGGUGGAUCUCUCCAAAGUUCUUUUUAUCUGCACAGCAAACAUCGUCGAUACCAUUCCAGAGCCACUGCGAGACAGGAUGGAGAUGAUUGACAUGUCUGGUUACGUCGCUGAGGAAAAAUUGGCAAUUGCCAAGCAGUACCUCGUCCCCCAGGCGAUGAGGGACUCCGGACUGAAUGAUCAGCACAUACAUAUCCAGGACAGUGCUCUCAGUACUCUUAUCAAAGCUUACUGUCGAGAGUCUGGGGUGAGAAAUCUUCAGAAACACAUCGAGAAAGUUUCCAGGAAAGUUGCAUUCAAAGUUGUGAAAAAAGAGGCGGAGAAAAUCGAUGUUUCAGCUGAUAAUCUCAGUGAAUUCGUGGGUAAACCCGUCUUCACUCACGAUCGAAUGCACGAUGUUACUCCGCCAGGGGUGGUCAUGGGGCUGGCCUGGACAGCAAUGGGCGGUUCCACUCUUUUUAUUGAAACGACCUUGAGUAAGCCAGCAAGCACGAAAAAAUUCGAAGGCUCAUUGGAGAUCACUGGACACCUCGGGGAUGUCAUGAAGGAGUCCACGAGAAUUGCUAUGACUGUUGCUAGGAAUUUUAUUAACAGUACUGAGCCAUCCAAUACUUUUUUGUACGACUCGCAUCUUCAUCUUCAUGUACCUGAGGGAGCAACACCCAAGGAUGGACCCAGUGCUGGUGUCACAAUUGCUAUAGCUCUGGUGUCAUUGGCUAAGAACCAGCCGAUCAGACAGGAUGUUGCUAUGACUGGAGAACUCAGUCUCAUUGGAAAAGUUCUACCUGUUGGUGGAAUCAAGGAGAAAACCAUUGCUGCAAAGAGAGUUGGUGUCAAGUGCAUUAUUUUGCCUGAGGAGAAUAAGAAGGAUUUCAAUGACCUUGCCAAAUAUAUUACCGAUGGACUUGAGGUACAUUUUGCCAGCACUUUUGAGGAUGUUUAUAGGGUGUGCUUUGCGGAGGGAGCGAUGGAGAAGAUGGUGUUGAAGGGGGAGAACUCUAACAUCGAGGGGACACCACAAGCAGCUGCUGUGCAUGGGAAAAAAGUUGGGGAUGUAUGAAUGAGAUGAGCAAUUUUCAGUUCUUAAUCCAGGGGGGGGUUUUAGCUCAGAAAAAGUUGGUUAUUCGGAUGAAAAAACUAUUGUUUUUUUACUCAGAAAAUUUUAGAGACUAAGAGAUCUCUACGUUGGUUCAAUAGUGUAAAUAAUUGGGAAUAUCUUACGAUACUACCGUCAAUUCUUCGGUAAUGAAGCAGUUAUAAGUUAGUUGUUAAGAGGCAUUUAAUGUUGUAUGAAAAUUGCUUGAUGAUUGAGGACAAAAAAUAUUUGUACAUAAAUAAAAGU